GGCAGGCUCUGAGGCCGUCUAAACGUUCUAGCUUCUCGCUCUCUACACUCACAACAGUAAGGACCACCCCUUGAAGCCUUAGUGUUACUCGGUCUUGUUAGUAUCACAGAUAGUCGCGAUCGCUAGGACUCGAAUAGUUGGGGAAAUGGUUGUAAUCCCACCUGGAGAGCCCAAGGAGUCCCAGAAACCUCAGCCUCCUGGUAGUAUGGCUCUGGUCGCCUUGGUUACCGCCUGUACAGUGUGCGGUCUGUUCAUCUUAUGGAGAAGAGCCGAUGCUGUUCGUGCUGUGGUUUCCCAUCGUCUGAAAACACUUAGGAGACCGGAAGGGCGAAUACGGUUGAGUGAGGACGACGGGCUUCCAGCCCAUGAGCCCAUACACGACGAUGCAGACGAAGACGAGCUCGACGAUAGUGACGACGAGCCCUUGACCGAACGACCAUCACCGAAAGAUUCCCCUUCAGCAACAGCGAGUAAUGAAAAUCGGCCUUGAUUUCAUUGCAUUCUUUAUGCUUAGUCAAUCUGGCUUGAUACCAGUCUUGACUUAUUAUUCGCCGGAGAGACGUUGUGUAUUUAUUUAUGGACAGAUCCCUGUAUCAUAAGAAUUACUGCUAAUAAUAACGGCGAUUGGACUUUC